UAUGUGGUGGAGAGUUUGCAGCUUGCUGCUUUUGUUCCCCCUGCAAGAGGCCUUUCUGACUAACCACACAGAAACUGUCACCGUGGAGGAAGGCCAGACACUCAUUCUAGACUGUGUCGUUUCUCAGGAGAACGCCUCCCUGCAGUGGCUGGCCCCGUCAGGGUUCACCAUUUUCUUAAAUGAGCAUCCUGCUUUGAAAAAUUCCAAAUACCAGCUUCUUCAUCACGCCCCCAAUCAGCUCUCCAUCGGCGUGCCUAACGUAACCCAGCAAGACGAAGGCGUGUACAAGUGUUUACACUACAGCAAGCCCGUGAGAACAAAGAAAGUGAAAGUGAUUGUGUUAGCAACUCCUCUCAAGCCGACUCUGGAAGCAUCGAUUAUUAAAACGAAAAAUGGAGAAGAACACGUUAUACUUAAAUGCUCCACGGUGAGAAGCAAGCCCCCUCCGCAGAUCACCUGGCUUUUCAGGAAUGACAUGGAGCUCUCCGGUAAAAACCACCGUGAAUUUGAAACUGAUGGGAAGAAAUGUAACAGCACCAGCAUACUCAGAGUCCACACAUAUAGCAAAAACUCAACAGUGGACUGCAUCGUCCGACACAAAGGCCUGCAAGGAAGGAAACUGGUAGCAGUUUUCCGGUUUGAAGAUUUGGUUGCUGACCAACAGACGGCUUCAAAUGCCCUGGAGAACAGCUCUCUAUCCUCUCAAGACCCUCAGCAGCCCGCUAGUACCACCGUUACAGUAACAGAAGAUUCUAGUACAUCAGAGAUUGACAAGAAAGAGGAAGAACAAACCACUCAAGACCCUGACUUGAUCACUGAAGCAAACCGUCAGUAUGUGGGACUGGCGAGGAAGAAAAGUGGCAUCCUGCUGCUCACUCUCGUGUCCUUCCUCAUUUUCAUACUCUUCAUCAUAGUCCAGCUCUUCAUAAUGAAGCUUCGGAAAGCACACAUGAUAUGGAAAAGAGAAAAUGAAAUUUCAGAACACACUCUGGAAAGUUACAAAUCGAGGUCAACUAAUGAAGAAACAUCAUCCCAAGAGAAAAACAGCCAAAGUAAGUCAACUAUCAGCUGCAUGAGUUACAUCACAAGGUUGUACUCCGAAGCAAAAACAAAGGGGAAGGAGAAGGCACAACAAGCAAAAUUCAAAGGAGAUCCCACCUGUGUACCAGAGAGCAUUGUGUAGCGUGUGCCCCGCAGAAGAACAUGCUGCCUGGCAGCUGCAUCGUCACCUCAACAGAGCAGCCCGCAAGAAGGAGCAUAGUUACUGUAACGAAAAACGUACUUCGAGUGCAAUGCAAGAUGGUGUCCUCCCAUGUGCCCCGGAUUCAGAGCAGCAAAAUGAGGACCAAACCAUGGACACAGAGCUUCCCAGUUAAAAAAAAAAAAAAUAGCUAUUAUACCUGACACUACUUCAGAGCAAGAGGAUUCUCCUAAGGCUCGGGGAUCAGGGUCCAUGUGACCAGUUAACAUCUCACUGUGAAGGAAACAGGAGUUUUUUAGAUGCUGGGUUCUAAUGGAACUAUAUAAAAAAAAUUUCUUUUUAAUCUUUCCUUCUGGUCUCGAAAUAAAGAACUUUGGGAUGAAAAGGACCUAGAAAAGAUUCUCUAAUCCUAGGAGUUUCUUUCAAGGCAGACUUUCAGAAGAUGCAACCAGCACAGACACUCUCCGGGAGAAGUGGUGCAUAGCAAUGAAUGAGUCCGACGAGCAUGAAUGCCCCAAGAUUCAUGCCCCAAGACACAAGCGUUAGUUCGAGGUAGGCCCAGCGCUUCGAUUUUCUUAGAUUUUCUUGCUAAAUCACAAAAGCUGACCUGGUGACAGAGUUUUUACCAGGACGCUU